AUGGCCAGGAACGAGGAGUCGAGAAACAAGGACCAGGAAUCACCAGGGACCAGGAACCGAGAAACAAGGGCCAGAAAUCAGGAGUCGAGAUACAAGGACCAGGAUCAUCAGGGACCAGGAACCGAGAAACAAGGGCCAGGAACCAGGAGCCGAGAAACAAGGACCAGGAAUCAACAGGGACCAGGAAUCAACAGGAACCAGGAAUCAACAGGAACCAAGAAACAAAGCCAGGAACCAGGAGUCGAGAAACAAGGACCAGGAAUCACCAGGGAUCAGGAACCAGGAGUUGAGAAACAAGGACCAGGAAUCACCAGAUCCCAGGAACCAAAAAACAAGCGCCAGGAACCAGGAGCCGAGAAACAAGGACCAGGAAUCACCAGGGACUUAGAACCAAGAAACAAGGCCCAGGAACCAGGAGUCGAGAAACAAGGACCAGGAAUCACCAGGGACCAGGAACCAGGAGUCGUGAAACAAGGAACAGGAAUCACCAGGGACCAGGAACCGAGAAACAAGGGCCAGGAACCAGGAUUCGAGAAACAAGGACCAAGAAUUACCAGGGACCAGGAACCGAGAAACCAGGGCCAGGAACCAGGAGUCGAGAAACAAGGACCAGGAAUCACCAGGGACCAAGAACCAAGAAACUAG